AUUUUGUUUGGCUCUCCCUUGGUGGCUGCUGAAAUCACAAAAGCCCUAGUUCCUUCAUUCUCAAUUUCACUUUACACAUACUUUCUGGGGUUUUAACACAAACCCCACCUGCAAAAAUUAUCAAAAAAGUAAUAAUUACAUAUCAAAAAAAGAAGAAGUUUCCUCCUAGAAAGUCUUGAGGUGGGAAAGCAAAGAAGGAAUUGAAUCUCGAGUGUUCUGCUCUGAUUUCAAUUAGUUUGGCUGUUUUUUUUUGGAUUUAAACAAGCAAGAAGGAAAGAGUACACGAAGCAACAUGAUUCUUUAGUAUGGUAGACCAUGAAUUGAGGUUUAUUGAAGAAUCCUAUUUGUGAUGAUUAUUUAUCAUGAUCUGUUGCUGAAGGUUUGACUCGGUGCAAAGUUUUACUCCAUUGUUGCUGUUUACAGGAACUUGGUGUAAAGUUUGAUAUCUAAUGGAUAGAAAGGAUACUUCUGGAUUCGUAAGCGGGGGUAGGAUGUGCUCUUUUUGACACAUCUAAUCUUAGUUUAGCCACUAACUAAUUUUUAGGCCGGAAGGCAGGUGACUGUUCUUUUGCAAAUUGCAAUUGAGAUUUGGUUCAAUAGGAGUGUUGCAUCCUAGCUAUUAGGUCAUGGACUCCAGAUUCCACUAUUUGGGGUUUUCUGCAAACCCUUCAUUGAAUACAUCCAAGAGUCUGGGAGAUUCCAUCCGAGUUAAUGGAGCUGGAGCUGAAGGUGCUGAUUGUGCUGAUACCACCCUGCAACUUGAUUCCGUUGGGUCCUUAAUGCCUUUAUUCCCUGCCACAAAGGAAAUAAAACACAAUUGGAGCUUGAUUCGUGGAUCUGUUGAUCAGCAAAUUGGUUCAUCUUUGUGUCUAAGCUUAGGCCGUUCAUCAAGUGCCUCGGAAAGUAAAUGGAGUUCAGGCAUUGUAUGUACCUCAAUAUCUCCAGCGAAAGAAAUUGGUGAGUCCUCGAUGGACCUGGAGGUGGACUUUGGUCUUUAUCUUGCCAAUGAUAAGAAACUAAGGCCAAAAAGUUUGAUUAGCUCCGAUCCAAAAGUACUUGAUGAAGGGCCUGCAAUUGAUCUGGAAUUGAGUCUUUCCAGUAGUGCUGCUGAAUCUGAUGUUACCAGUUUGCAUCUAACCUCCACUUCACCACAAAGUGUCAUAAAGGUGCCACAUGGUUUUGGUGGAGCUCUUCAGACUGAUGAAGUAUCAGCGGUUUCUCAUUGGAAGACCAGUAGCAUUUUUCAUCCGUUACAUGUGCCACAGGACCAAGGGUCUAGUUACUUCUCGAAACAGGUGACAAAAGAAGUUGAGCCAUCUUCAGUCUCUCUUGAUCCUUCCUCAAGUAUAAUAACAAAUCAAAAUAGCUCAGUCACUUGUACUUCUGAAACAAAGAAGCAGCAACGCGGCAGUGGCAUCAAACAAUGUCAGUUCAAGGAUUGUAUUAAAGGAGCAAGAGGUGCUUCCGGCUUUUGCAUUGCCCAUGGUGGAGGACGUAGGUGUCAAAAACCAGACUGCCAUAAGGGAGCUGAAGGUCGAACUGCCUUCUGUAAAGCCCAUGGUGGUGGUCGGCGGUGUGGAUUCCUUGAUUGUACCAAGAGUGCAGAAGGACGCACUGGCUUCUGCAUUGCACAUGGGGGUGGACGCCGUUGCAGUUAUGAAGACUGCACCCGUGCUGCCAGAGGGAAGUCCGGAUUAUGCAUUAGACAUGGUGGGGGCAAGAGAUGCCAGGAAGAAAACUGCAUAAGAAGUGCUGAAGGACUCUCUGGCUUUUGCAUUUCACAUGGAGGUGGCCGGCGGUGUCAGUACCCCCAGUGCUCUAAAGGGGCACAAGGAAGCACCAUGUUUUGCAAAGGCCACGGUGGUGGGAAACGUUGCACAUUUGAAGGGUGCAAUAGGGGCGCAGAGGGGAGCACACCUUUCUGUAAGGGUCAUGGUGGAGGGAAAAGAUGUUCAUUUGAAGGAGGUGGGAUUUGCCCAAAGAGUGUUCACGGAGGGACUCUCUUCUGUGUUAGACAUGGUGGUGGUAAGAGAUGUGCCAUACCAGAGUGCUCCAAGAGUGCUAGGGGCCGGACAGAUUAUUGUGUGCGUCAUGGUGGUGGUAAAAGAUGCAAGUUUGUAGACUGUGGAAAAAGUGCUCAGGGUAGCACUGAUUUCUGCAAGGCGCAUGGCAGUGGAAAAAGAUGUUCUUGGGGUCAACCUGAUUCCGGAUUUGGCCAAAUGGAUAGUCCUUGUAACUCAUUUGCAAAAGGGAAGAGUGGACUUGUUGAAUCUCAUGUGGAGCAAGACAAACGCGUUCAUGGUGGUGGUGAUACUCUAGGGGCUGCGAUCUUGGAUUCAACACCCCUAAAUCCCGGGAAGAUGAAGGAGAUCGAUAUCAUGAACACAGGUUGGAAAUAUUUUGGAUUCAAUCAAGCAAGUAUGCCAGUAGGUGGAAGCUCAUCAUCAGUUUCCGAAGGAAGAGUGCACGGAGGAAGUUUGAUGGCAAUGCUGGCAGGUGGUUCAUGACAUACCUUAAACAGCAGCACAGGUACAGUGAAUACAUCCGUGCCAGGCAAACCUUUUGUAACGCCAAAAAACUGGACGUGAGGUAUUUCAUUUCGAUUGUAAUGCUUCGAACUUGUGCAACAUUAUUUGUGUCAUUUCUGUUAUAUAGCUUGUUCACUAUUAUGGUUAUUGAGAAGCUGUUCUCUGUCAUUUGUUUAGUCGGUUUCGACUCGAACUUGAUACUGUUAAUAUAUAUAGUGGUAAUAAUGUGCAUAGCUGUUUUCUUGUUGCUUUGGUCUUGUAAAUAUUUUGUAGUAUGAGUAAACUCAUCAUAAAGAUGUUUCUAUAAAACAUCAUUUGUAUACCUAA